AUGGCGGAUUCUUUGGCAAAGAUGCUUUGUCGAUAUGUUUUUCUGAUGCAAAUUAUCUUAUUGCUUGAUAGCGAUGUUGUGGGCAAUGUUGUGCUGCUAUUUUGGUUUAUUGGUCUAGUUGCAGGUUUAUUGAGAUCCUUGGGGAAUGUGUUUCGUUGGACUAAGGUGGACUUUCUUGUCUUGUUGGCAGCUCUUCAGUUGAACAAAUCCAGGAUUGUCGUUUUCUUUUUCGGUGUUGAAGAGUUAUGUAGGUGGAUAUGGUGCCUGGUUGUUAAUAUGUGUUUUGUUCUUAAAGGUGGUAAGGAAGCCAGGCGGUUGAAUGCAAUCUUGCACAAGAUCAUUACGUCGGUCUUACGAAGGAGCAUUGGAGACAAACUUAUAGGACUUGUUGCUUCAAGAGAGAAUAUUCCUGAUUUGCUUAAGAGAGUUUUUAAGUUUUUCUAUUUUGCCACAUCUGAUUCUGAUGAUGAUGAUGGCCUUUUCAGUAAAGUCCCCUCAGUGUUUUCCUUGAAAUUCAUGGAAGAAGAAAAAAAAGACAGUUUUAUGAUUCUGUUCAAGGCUGCUAAGUUCUGCCAUUGGACUUUUGUGGCAUUAAUUGCUGUAGGUGUUACCCUUUAUGGUGUUACCCUUUAUGGUGGGCCAAGAGCGAGUUCCUUGUUAAAACUUCUCGAGGCUCAAUUAUUAAAUCAUGAGUACAGUUCACUGGCUUGCACAGUUAAAAUUGUGGAUGAUGUGAAGCUUCCUUUCUCUGAAUUUCAAGCAAUUUGCUCGCUCUGCAGUUCUCACACUGAUGAUCUUGAAGUUGCUGAAACGUUUUUGCACAGAGUGGACAGCGCUGCAGUAUUUCAUAACGCAAGCACACGGUUUUGUGUUGGAUACAAAGUUGAAGCGAGAGAAGCAGAGAGAGAAGCGAGAGAAACAGAGAGAGCAGCGAGAGAAGCAGCAUUUCAGAAAAAAAAAUAUGAACUUUAA